AUGCCAGGAUUUAAUCAAAGUGGCGAUGGCCACAUGAUGGCCUUCCCGGCCGGAGGGAGCUCGGGUCGGGAAGCAACCCCGCGCCCGGCCCGAGGCAGCGCUUCUGCGGCCGCCGCCCCGCCCCGCCCCGGAGGCGGCACCGCCGGGACAGCCGGCACGGGCGGAGGUAGCUUUGCUUCGCCGCUGCUCGCACACGCCAGGAUUUGCUUGGGGAAGGGAAGAAGCCUGACCAAGAUGAACUGCAUCCUGCUGACCACCUGCAUUAUUCUGAUUGCUUUUUGUGGCUCUGGUUAUACCUUAAGAUGUUACCACUGUGACAACAGCCCUACCCUGUGCCGGACCAACAGCACCUGCUUAACGACUGAAGACACUUGCUUGCAGUUGAAAUUUGGUAAAUUGAGAACUUUCUCCUGCUGGAAGGCAUCCCAGUGCAGUGUGAAUGAAAUUGCUGAUUCUUUUCUGUUGGAUAAUUUUGAAUUCUUUUGCUGCCAACAGGACCUGUGCAAUGAGAGUGCAAUUACUGGGGUUAACAAAGCAGCCUUCAGUAUUGCUACUGUAAUGACCAUGUUAUGGAUGCUCAUGCAAUAAUCCUGGUUUGUUAGCUGUCCUUCUGAGAUGCAAUUACAUAAAACCAUUUAACUUUUUUCUACAUUGCAUUUUUUCACCUCCUGUCCAUAGACAGAAACAUUCCCUUGUAAUUUUAAGUUGUUUCCCAAGGUUCUGUCUGUUAAAUCACUGUCUCCAUUGGUGGGAAGGACAUGUGUGUUGUUAUCAGUUAUUGGGUGUUUUGAUCUGUCCCCCUGUUCAUGGGGAACAGCUCUUGUGAAGUCAUGUUAUCUUGUGGAGAACCUGGGCAAACUCCAGUGGGUGGUGUGAAGGAGAAGGAACACUGCAGCUUUUCUGCUGGAAACUAUCAUUUUUUCCUUGUCCCAUAAACUGUCAUUAUUUUUGGUUGGCAUUUCUGUGGGUUUUGAUUUGUUUUGGUUUGGAUCUUCCUUGUCACAAACCAAGCAGUGGAUUUGCCCUCAACACAAGAAGUGUUGGAUCAUAAGUGUACCUUGCUGCAGUCUUUGUGAUUAAUAUGCAAAUAUUCAGUUUCAAGUCAUAUAAACACUUUGUUCCCAUCACUGUACCUUUUUUAUUUUCCCUACAGGCCAAUGAUAUAACCUUGUCAAGUGCUGUUAUUUUGGGAGAAAGCAUCUACAUUUCUUAAACCAAAACCAAAAUACUGCUAUAAGU